UUUUUGUUUCUCUUUUAGAAUGGAUCCUACAUUCGCUUCUUCAGUAGCAGGAUAUUUGUCUAUUUUAUGUUGGUUAAUUGUCUUUACACCACAAUUGUGGGAAAAUUAUAGACGUAAAAGCGGAGAAGGUCUCUCGAUGACUUUUCUCGUAGUCUGGUUAGCUGGAGAUGUAUUUAACUUGCUUGGUGUGAUCAUGCAAGAUUUAUUGGUGACCAUGUUUGUAUUGGCCUUGUACUAUACCAUUGCUGAUAUGGGAUUGAUAUGGCAAGUGAUUUAUUAUAGACGUAGAUUAGAAGAAGAAGAAGUGAUGGCUCAAGAAACCAGUCCAUUGCUUGCUAGUACCAGCCAUGUUUUAGAUCAAAAGAAAGCAAGACAUACAUCCUUAUUGAAUAUCAUGUCGGCUAUUUCGAUUGUGCUGGUCACUAUCAUCUCUUGUUAUGCAUAUUAUCGUACUCAUGAUAACCAAGAUAAACUAGAAGGCUUCCAAUGGUUGCCUCAGUUGAUGGGAUGGUCUAGUGCUAUUUUAUAUGUGGGCAGUCGUGUCCCGCAAAUAUUAAAGAACUAUAGAAACAAGAGUACAGAAGGACUUAGUUUUGGCAUGUUUUUAUGUGCUGUCAUGGGCAAUGUGUUCUUUACUUCUUCUAUCUUUUUAAAAUCAACCGAAUUAGACUAUAUCAUUGUCAAUCUUUCUUGGAUUGUUGGUAGUUGUGGCACACUUGUGUUUGACUUUAUUAUCUUUCUUCAGUUCUUUGUAUAUGAUGAUAGAAAACAAAUCAAAGUCAUUGUCUAAGUUUAUACCAAUUGAAAUAAUAAUAAUAAUAACAAUAAUAAUAAUAAUAAAAAGAGAUUGUACAUACUA